CUUGGAUUUCGCUUUGUUCUGUAGGAUCACACAGAAACAUACGAGUUUCAACAACAACCUUCCGUCAUUACUUCCAAUCUUUAAGGGGAGAGACAGAAAGUUGCAAACGUUAUAAUUUUCCUGUUUUCUUGGGCAGCAAUGGAAGGUGCGAACCUAUAUAAAGCAAGUAACAGUUUACGAUCAGGAAGUUCAACGAUUUGGAGAACAGGUUCUGCUGAAGUAUUCUCUGCAUCUUCGCGUGCAGAAGAUGACGAAGAAGUUCUGAAAUGGGCUGCACUUGAGAAGCUCCCUACUUACAAUCGUCUCAGAAAAGGGUUGUUGACGUCGUCCCGCGGUGGCGCCAAUGAAAUCGACGUCACUGAUCUUGGAUUUCAGGAAAGGAGGAAAUUGCUUGAGAGGUUGGUUAGAGUUGCGGAAGAGGAUAAUGAGAAGUUCUUGUUGAAGCUUAGGAACCGAAUUGAUAGAGUUGGGAUUGAUAUUCCCACCAUUGAAGUUCGUUAUGAGCAUCUAAAUAUAGAGGCGGAGGUGAAUGUGGGAAGCAGAGCUUUGCCUACCGUCCUGAACUUUACAACUAAUAUAGUAGAGAGCUUCUUGAAUUCUCUCCAUAUUCUUCCCAGCAGAAAGAGACAUGUGACGAUUCUUAAAGAUAUUAGUGGAAUCAUCAAACCUCGCAGAUUGACACUGCUUUUAGGUCCUCCUGGCUCUGGAAAGACUACACUCCUUUUGGCUUUGGCUGGAAAGCUUGACCCAAAUCUUAAGGUAUCUGGGAGAGUGACCUAUAAUGGGCAUGGUAUGAACGAGUUCGUACCUCAGAGAACUGCUGCUUAUAUCAGCCAGCAUGAUGUUCAUAUUGGAGAAAUGACUGUAAGGGAAACUUUGGCUUUCUCUGCAAGGUGCCAAGGGGUUGGAUCACGUUAUGACUUGCUAACAGAGUUGUCAAGAAGAGAGAGAGAAGCAAAUAUUAAGCCUGAUCCAGAUAUUGAUGUCUACAUGAAGGCAACAGCAACUGAAGGUCAAGAUGCAAACCUAGUUACGGAUUAUGUAUUAAAGGUCUUGGGGUUGGAUAUUUGUGCUGAUACAAUGGUGGGCAAUGAAAUGUUGCGAGGGAUUUCUGGGGGACAGAGGAAGCGUGUGACAACAGGGGAGAUGCUAGUUGGACCAGCGCAAGCUUUGUUCAUGGAUGAAAUAUCCACUGGUCUGGACAGCUCCACAACAUUUCAGAUUGUAAAUUGUCUCAGGCAAUACAUUCACAUUCUUGAUGGUACCGCUGUUAUUUCUUUGCUACAGCCAGCACCAGAGACUUAUGAUCUCUUUGAUGAUAUUAUUUUAAUCUCUGAUGGCCAAAUAGUCUACCAAGGACCCCGUGAAUCUGUUCUUGACUUUUUUGAAUCUAUGGGCUUUAGAUGUCCUGCAAGGAAAGGUGUAGCAGAUUUCCUUCAAGAAGUAACUUCAAGAAAAGAUCAAGAGCAAUACUGGGUGCGUAGGUAUGAACCAUAUCACUUCGUAACAGUGACUCAAUUUGCUGAAGCAUUUCAAUCAUUUCAUAUUGGUCGGAGACUUGGGGAUGUACUUGCAAACCCAUUUGACAGGUCAAAGAAUCACCCUGCUGCAUUAACCACUAAGAAAUAUGGUGUUAACAAGAAGGAACUGCUGAAGGCUAACUUCUCAAGGGAAUACUUGCUUAUGAAGAGAAAUUCAUUUGUCUAUGUCUUCAAGACAUGCCAGCUGGCCAUCAUUGCAUUUAUAACCAUGACACUUUUCCUGAGAACUGAGAUGCACCAUGAUUCUGUGGAGCAUGGUGGAGUUUAUGCUGGGGCUCUUUUUUUCACAUUGACUAUGAUCAUGUUUAAUGGGAUGUCCGAGCUUUCUAUGACCAUAGCAAAGCUUCCAGUUUUUUACAAGCAACGAGACCUCCUAUUUUAUCCUUCAUGGGCUUAUGCGGUUCCCACAUGGAUCCUCAAAAUUCCUAUCACAUUUAUCGAAGUUGCUGUCUGGGUAUUUCUUACGUAUUAUGUAAUUGGAUUUGAUCCAAAUGUUAGCAGAUUGUUCAAGCAAUACCUUCUGCUACUGUUGGUUAACCAAAUGGCUUCUGGAUUGUUCCGAACUAUUGCAGCACUUGGUAGGAACAUGAUUGUGGCUAACACAUUUGGGUCCUUUACACUGCUCGCACUUUUCGGAUUGAGUGGCUUCAUUCUUUCAAGAGAGAAUAUCAAGCCCUGGUGGAUUUGGGGUUACUGGAUUUCACCUUUAAUGUAUGGGCAAAAUGCAAUAGUGAUCAAUGAAUUCCUUGGGAAAAGUUGGAACCACACCCUCCCAAAGGAAACUGUUCCGUUGGGAAUUCGAGUUCUGAAGUCUCGGGGGUUUUUCACGCAUGCAUAUUGGUAUUGGAUAGGGGUGGGGGCAUUGGUUGGAUUCAUGUUUCUUUUCAACAUCAUGUUUGCUGUAGCUCUCGGCUGCCUUAAUCCUUUUGGCAAGCCAAAUGCGGUGAUACCCGAAGAACCAGAAGACAAAAAUGCAUCUAUUGGCAAGACCCAAGAAGGAGUUGAAUUAUCAUGCAGAGAGAGUUCAAUGAGUUGUAGGCGAGAUAGGAGGAAACGAGGAAUGAUUCUUCCUUUUGAACCACAUUCCAUCACCUUUAACGAAAUUAUAUACUCAGUUGACAUGCCACAGGAAAUGAAAGAUCAAGGUGUGAUUGAGGAUAGGUUGGUGCUUCUGCAAGGUGUGAGUGGAGCAUUUCGGCCUGGUGUUCUCACUGCACUAAUGGGCGUUAGUGGAGCUGGUAAAACUACUUUGAUGGAUGUUCUAGCAGGUAGAAAAACUGGUGGGUAUAUUGAUGGUAACAUUAAAAUUUCUGGAUACCCUAAAAAGCAAGAAACAUUUGCUCGAAUCUCUGGAUACUGUGAGCAGAAUGACAUCCACUCUCCCCAUGUUACUGUCUACGAGUCCUUGCUAUUCUCAGCAUGGCUUCGUUUACCUCCUGAAAUUAAUGCCAAAACCAGAAAGAUAUUCAUUGAGGAAGUCAUGGAACUUGUGGAAUUAGAACCAUUGAGGAACUCACUAGUGGGUUUACCUGGUGUGGAUGGUCUUUCAACUGAACAACGCAAAAGACUAACUAUUGCAGUUGAGCUAGUGGCUAAUCCGUCCAUAAUCUUCAUGGAUGAGCCUACGUCUGGAUUAGAUGCAAGAGCUGCUGCCAUUGUCAUGAGAACAGUUCGGAACACAGUGGACACCGGUAGAACAGUUGUUUGCACCAUCCAUCAGCCAAGCAUUGACAUAUUUGAAUCCUUUGAUGAGCUGUUCCUCAUGAAACGUGGGGGUCAAGAAAUAUAUGUUGGGCCCUUGGGUCGUCAUUCUAGCAAACUGAUCAAGUAUUUUGAGAGUAUUGAAGGCGUUAGUAAAAUCAAAGACGGGUAUAAUCCAGCAACUUGGAUGCUGGAAGUUACGUCUUCAGCUCAAGAACUUUCUCUGGGUGUUGAUUUUAAUGAGAUAUACAAAAACUCUGAAUUGUAUAGGCGAAACAAACAGCUGAUAGAAGAACUGGGCAAGCCGGCUCAUGGUUGCAAGGAUCUUCAUUUCCCCACUCAAUACUCACAAUCGUUUUUUAACCAAUGCUUGGCUUGCCUAUGGAAACAAUGUUGGUCCUAUUGGCGCAAUCCUCCCUACACUGCUGUGAGGUUUCUCUUUACUACUAUUAUAGCCUUGAUGUUUGGAACAAUGUUUUGGGACCUUGGAUCUAAAACCUCAAAGAAUCAAGACCUAUUUAAUGCGAUGGGUUCAAUGUACACUGCUGUUCUCUUCCUUGGUGUUCAAAAUGCUGCUUCUGUACAGCCAGUGGUAGCCAUUGAAAGAACUGUUUUCUACAGAGAAAGAGCUGCUGGAAUGUACUCAGCAUUACCUUAUGCAUUGGCACAGGUUGUAAUAGAGCUACCUUAUAUUCUUCUUCAAGCUGUGACAUAUGGUGCCAUAGUUUAUGCAAUGAUUGGAUUUGAAUGGACUGUUGAGAAAUUCUUUUGGUACUUGUUUUUCAUGUACUUCACAUUGCUCUACUUCACAUUCUAUGGAAUGAUGGCUGUGGCUGUCACUCCAAAUUACCAUGUUGCUUCAAUUGUUGCUGCUGCAUUUUAUGGAAUUUGGAAUCUCUUUUCGGGGUUCAUCGUCCCAGAACCUAGCAUCCCUAUAUGGUGGAGAUGGUACUACUGGGCAAGUCCUGUGGCGUGGACUUUAUACGGAUUAGUUGCAUCACAGUUUGGAGACAUUACAAGCACGAUGGAAUCAAAUAAUCAGACAGUGCAGGAGUUUAUAAGAAAGUAUUUUGGUUUCAGACAUGAUUUUCUAGGAAUUUGUGCUGUUAUGGUUGUUGGAUUUGCAGUGCUUUUUGCAUUUAUAUUUGCAAUCUCAAUUAAGAUUUUCAAUUUCCAAAAGAGAUAGAUAGAUAGAUAGCCCUACCCUACUUAUGAUCUUCAUACAUUUCUUGUACAGGCUACGUAGUUAGUCCCUUUCUAUUGCUAAUUCUCAAACAUAUUACAAGUUUUGUAUUUGUUAGUUAACUUAUCAAUGUUAAAUAUUGUUCUCAUAGCAUCCUCGGAUAACUUCUCCGUUCGCUCCUAUCAUAUUUCCACAUUCAAAGCCUUUGGCACCAAAAGCUAAUUCUGUAAUUUCCAUGCUCAGCUGGACAACGUUGUACAAUUCGAGACUGUGGAUGUAAAAAGUUAAGUCUUUUCUGUUUUUAAUAAUCA